GCCUCAGGUCGUUUUCACUAAACCACGUUUUACUAAAGGGGGGUCUGUCCAUCCCCGAACCAUCUGCUCGCAGAACAACAACGUGGCCCGCAUCUGCCUGCUGACAGAUCGAUGACCCCCAGGAUCAUCGAGCAGACCGCCUGCGCGCCCGCCUCGGGCGGCCCAUCUGCACGCUGCCCCCCGGCCUGUCGGCGCUGGACGACGGCGGCGGCCAGCCCGAGGACCCGGGCGCCUCCGCGCGAGACCUGGCGCACGCGCGGGAGUUCCGCGCGCGCGCCCGGCUGCACGAGUUCCCCACCCUCGAGGCGCUCGCGGCCGCCCCCGAGGCGGUGCUCCGCGAGCUGGGCCUCGGGUACCGCGCGUCCUACGUGCGCGGGGCGGCCCGGGCGCUCCUCGGGUGCGGCGGCCGGGGCUUCCUGGAGGGCCUGCGGCACCCCCUGUGCGGGCGCGCCGAGGCCCAGAGGAGGCUCUGCGAGCUGCCGGGCGUGGGGCCCAAGGU